UCUCGUUUACAUAUGUGCUCCGUUCAGUGGUUUACGAACUUGUGUGAAAUUGCGUUUAUAUACAUAUGUAUAUAUCUUAUUAUAUAUAUGAUACAUGUAUAUGUAGGCAUGAUGGAACUUCAGAAAUGGAAUCUUGGUGUUUAUUAAUAAUUUCCCUCGACGUUGUGUGAAAUACGAAUCCAGAACGAUUCACAAUUAGCCGGUAGAAUUAGGAACUAUUAACGAGCUUUCUGUAAAUUUGUUUCUGAUCCGAGACGAUAGAUUUCUAUGGUUUAACUUUGGAAAUUAAUAAGAGCGACUUUUCGGAAGAUGUACAAGAAACGAGAACAGAUAUACUUUUGAAGUUUCUCAAUUAAUUGUUCGCGAGAAAACACAAGAUAAAAAUUAUCGUACAUUUAAGCUGUUAAAAUGGCUGCAUCCUUGUCAGCUUAUUGGGUGAAGUUUUUCAAAGGGGCUGGAUUUCCGCAAGAUGUGGCCACUAAACAUGCAGUUGUAUUCUCCAACAAUCGUAUUAAACCAGAUAUGUUACCAGAUUUAGAUAAACCUAGUCUAAAAGAAAUGGGUAUUACAUUAAUGGGUGAUAUGAUUGCUAUUUUGAGAUAUGCCAAGAAAGUUGUGGAAGAAACAACGUGCGAGAGAUUUUUAGUUGAUACAGAAGAUGUAGCUUCAGCUCCAAAAGUUAAUCCAAAACCUGUUGCAAAGAAAGUAAUCAAAGAAAUUGGAAAUAAGACGAUGGUUUCAUUAGCUUCAAAAACAGAUUCUACAAAGAAGAUAGUUAAACCUUUGCCUACAACAGCGAAAAAGAUUAUGACCAUAAAGAAACCAAUAUCUGUAUCGAAUACUAACAAUACUACUAAUCAAAAGCAAACCUCUAUGAAAAGAAAAUUAGUGUCAGAAGAAGUAUAUGAAGACGAUGAUGAUAACUGGAAUAUCGUGGAAAAGAAGGUGAAAGCGACAAACGGCAAGGACAACACUAUCGAAUAUACCGUCACUGUUCCAAAAUCAUCAAGCGUAAGAACUCAAGUUCUUAAAAAGCCUGUUGAACAAAAGCGAACAGUAUUUGACAGAUUAGGUGACAGUUCUGUUACGAGCACCACCAAUUUAGCUGAUACAACACCUACUUUCAACAUUACUGGUGUCAGCAAAGAUGUAUUCAAAAGAUCGAAUAGUGUGUUCAAGCGUCUUGGUGACAUAGAUGAUAAGAGGGAUCAUGUAACUACUGCAGGAAUACUUAAGAAUGGGUCAGGAAUCACUAGUUCAUCGGGUAUAUUGAAGAAUCCAAUAUCACCUAGUAUACGUACGUCGAUUGUAACAACGAAAAGAGUUAUACCUAAAACUACUGGUACUAUGCAUGCUGAUCACGAAGUCAAUAAGAAGAUUGUUUUGAACAAUACAAGCCGUAUACUUAAAGUGAAAAAAGAAUCUGAUGUCAGACCAAGCAGCGAAAGAAUCAUCAAACCUGCAGUUACAUCUGGCAAAUUAGCUUCGGAACGACUUAUCUCUAUACCAGCUAAGGCACGCCUUGGCACAACCACUGCCAAACAAGUGACUUUUAGUAAAGUGGCAACAGUGACGCACGUCAAGAGAGCGGAUGUUUUCAGUCGCCUAGGCCUUUAAGCUGGGUAUCUUUUGUAUCUUCUCUCCAUUAUUAAUCGCGAGUGAAUAGCGAUUUGCGAUCGAACCAUUGUUUGUAUAAAAUUUCCCCCAGCUGCCAGCUGCAUCGACAUUGGUUAGUGUUAACCAAAUGAUUAAUUUCAUUUCAUUUUUAUUAUGAUAUGAUAUGAUAAGACAUAUCGCUAAUCAGAGUCGCUUGCAAGGCUACAGCGAGAGUGUUGUUGCAAAUAACGCAUAUGGUGUAAAUAUAAUAAAAGAGACAUUGACGUUUUAUAUUUACGACUUAGCGACGUCCAUGAAUUGCUCGGACAUAAUGACGUUAGUCUGACAGAGUGUGAUCUAUAUCAUUUUUCAAUAAAAAUAAUGCAAUUGUUCCUUUUUAUUAUCUUUAACAGUUUUUAAAGGAUUAUUUAAUUUUGCAUAAAAAUUGAGAAAAUGCAAUUGUGUUGUACAAGAUACAACACAACGUAUCAACACAAUUGUAUCUCAUGAAAUUGUGUAUAUUAGCUUUUUCGAUUUUACGAAACAGCAAUUUUUUAUGCAAAACUGUCUUUUUAUACUUCUUCACGAAAUAAUUACAUGAUACGAAUGUAUGAACGAGCAAUUAUAGAGUUUAUGUAUUUAGAUAUUAUAUUUGUUCUCUUAUCUGCA